AUGGGUAAUACUGAUAUGGGUAAUACUGAUAUGGGUAAUACUGAUAUGGGUAAUAUUGAUAUGGGUAAUAUUGAUAUGGGUAAUACUGAUAUGGGUAAUACUGAUUUGGGUAAUGCUGAUAUGGGUAAUACUGAUUUGGGUAAUGCUGAUAUGUGUAAUACUAAUAUGGGUAAUGCUGAUAUGGGUAAUACUGAUAUGUGUAAUACUGAUAUGUGUUAUACUGAUAUGGGUAAUACUGAUAUGGGUAAUACUGAUAUGGGUAAUACUGAUAUGGGUAAUACUGAUAUGUGCAAUACUGUUAUGUGCAAUACUGUUAUGGGUAAUACUGAUAUGGGUAAUACUGAUAUGGGUAAUACUGAUAUGGGUAUUGCUGAUAUGUGUAAUACUGAUAUGGGUAAUGCUGAUAUGGGUAAUACUGAUAUGUGUAAUACUGAUAUGUGUAAUACUGAUAUGGAUAGUACUGAUAUGGGUAAUACUGAUAUGGGUAAUACUGAUAUUGGUAAUAUUGAUAUGGGUAAUACUGAUAUGGGUGAUACUGAUAUGGGUAAUACUGAUAUGUGUUAUACUGAUAUGGGUAAUGCUGAUAUGGGUAAUACUGAUAUGUGUAAUACUGAUAUGUGUAAUACUGAUAUGGAUAGUACUGAUAUGGGUAAUACUGAUAUGGGUAAUACUGAUAUUGGUAAUAUUGAUAUGGGUAAUACUGAUAUGGGUGAUACUGAUAUGGGUAAUACUGAUAUGUGUUAUACUGAUAUGGGUAAUACUGAUAUGGGUAAUACUGAUAUGUGUUAUACUGAUAUGGGUAAUACUGAUAUGUGUAAUACUGAUAUGGGUAAUACUGAUAUGUGUAAUACUGAUAUGUACAAUACUGUUAUGUGCAAUACUGUAAUGAGUAAUACUGAUAUGGGUAAUACUGAUAUGGGUAAUAUUGAUAUGUGUAAUACUGAUAUGGGUAAUACUGAUAUGGGUAAUACUGAUAUGGGUAAUGCUGAUAUGGGUAAUGCUGAUAUGGGUAAUACUGAUAUGGGUAAUGCUGAUAUGGGUAAUGCUGAUAUGGGUAAUACUGAUAUGGGUAAUGCUGAUAUGGGUAAUACUGAUAUGGGUAAUACUGAUAUGGGUAAUGCUGAUAUGGGUAAUACUGAUAUGGGUAAUGCUGAUAUGGGUAAUACUGAUAUUGAUAUAGGUAAUACUGGUAUGUGUAAUACUGAUAUGGGUAAUGCUGAUAUGUGUAAUACUGAUAUGUGUAAUGCUGAUAUGGGUAAUACUGAUUUGGAAUUACAUUCUCUGUUUAUAGUACUAUCGCUUAGUCGUGUUUAG